CGCUCCUCCAGCGGCCGCGCACGCCAGAAUCCGCAACAGCAGCUCUCCACCAUCGAAAAGUCCGUCACCCACCUCCUCGUCGCCACCAAGCAACUCCUCGAAACGCUGACCCACUGGUCCCGCGGCGCCGCUACGGAGAACGAUGUCAGCGAUGUCUAUGUCCGGCUAGGGUAUGAGUUCAACAUAGCGUGUCGCGCUUUCAACGCCAUCGGCGUGGACACGGCCGACUUGGGUCCCGUGCCGGAUCUGCUGAGGGGCAUCUUGGAGGAUACCCUGAGUCAGGAGGCCAGUCAGGCGAGUUUGGACCGCUUCCUGCCGCGCAUCAGGGACAUCAUCAUCAACCUCUUGCAUGGACUGAAGAAGAAGCAGCAGCGGCUGAGGCAGAAGAGUUCCGCAUCGCAACAACCUUCAGGUGGCAGUGAUGGCGCAGCAAAGCCUCCCAGACAAGCGAGCGUCAACAGCAAUGCCUCGGCGGAGGGCAAUCUCACGCAGCAGCUGGAAGACCUCCCGAGCCGACACGGCAGUGGCAGCCGAUCGUUUGCGCAGCGACAAAAUAGCGGAGAUCUCGCCACACAGCAGCAACCAGAUCUCCCACCCCGAACAACGAGCACCACAGCCGGCGGAGGCAGAUCCUCCCCUCGCCGACCAAACUUCAGCCCGCAAAACAGCACCUACGCUCACGACCGCGACACCUCCUCCUCCUCCUCCCUCAGCAGCACAACCAUGCCAAACAUGCCCAUCAUCACCCCCUACCCCGAAACCGACACCAUCCCCACCAACACCAACAUGAAUUACGCCACCUACACCUCCUCACCCCGCCCCGAACCCAACUCCGAAUCAGAAGAAGCUCCUCCCCGUCCCCCGCCCAAACAAAACGACGCCCUAACCGCGCUCCAACGCGGCGGCGAGCUCGAACGGAGAGCUUCUCGUCGCUUCUCCGCCUAUCAGAUCCAGAAACAUCUGGGCACGAGUAUCAAUGGUAUAAGCGCCAUCCCGCCCGCGCAGCACUCGCCUGCUCCGAACCGGGGAAGGGAGGCGAAGGAGGGGAUGAGUGCCGUUAGAUCCAGAGGCACGGUGAGUGGGAUGCACAACCGGGCCCGCUCACGGCAGGACAAAGCCAGUACACCUGGGUAUAACGAGCCGAGUCCGCAUCGCGCGCAGCAUGAGGUUCGGAAAAUCUCGGAGGAACCCAACAGUGUGGUCGUGGGGCCGGAUGAGGCGUUGCUGCCGAGCAAGAGUCCUGCGGAGGAAAAGGGGACGGAUAGUCCGACUGUCAAGACGCCGGAGGAUAAGCUGGGCUAUCCGUUUCCCAGCCACGAGCACGAAGUCGAGAGUGUCGGCGCGACACUCAACGGACCUAUCGAUGAGCCGUUUGCGCCUGAUGGCGUGUUCACGGGGGAAAACAACAUCCGCGCGCCUCCGUCCACCCGCUAUGCAACCCCGCCUCAAUCCCAAUACGGCGACGGGAGGGCUGUCGUCGGCGUCGAUACGUCCCCGCAGCCGAACAUCCCCCUCACCCUCUUCCUGCAGUACCGCACGCGGAUCAAGAAAUACACCCUCCCCAACGGCAGCCUCGACCUCACCAUCCCCCGCCUGCAACUCGCCUUCAUCGAGGCCUUUGCCUGGCAAUCCUCCGGCCAGGGCGAGCUGCCGGAAAUCUACAUCCAAGACCCCGUCAGUGGGGUACGGUAUGAACUCGAGGAUCUGGGCGAGGUGCGGGAGAGGAGUGUGCUGGUGUUGAAUGUGGAGGUGCUGGAGGAGGUGAAGCGGGUGUUUGAGCAAGGGCUGGGGGAGGUCAGGAGGGUGGUUGAGAGGGUCGGGGAGAGGGUUGAGGAGCAAGGGGGGGUGUUGAGGGGGUUGGGGGAGAGGCAGAGGGAGAUGGGGAGGGAGGUUGCGGUCGCGGCUGCGGCUGCGGCUGCGGUGGCAUCUCCUGCCACUUCGACGUCGACUUCGACUGCGGGCAGUCCGGCGCAAUUGGAGGAAGUCCGCUCCAUGAGACGGGAUCUGGCGAUCAUGCGACAGACGUACACCUCCUUCGUCUCCGACAUGAAUACCAGCAUCGCCACGAUCCGAAGCAAAGCGUCCACCACGCUCCAACCCACCCCUCCGACGUCCAGUUCAACUCCAGCCGAAUCCAGCACCGACCGCGCCUACCUCUCCACCCACAAAACCCACCUCCACACCACCUCCGAAUCCAUCGUCAACCGCGUCGACGACCUGCAAGACACCAUCGAAGACCUGCGCAAGGACGUCGUCACCCGCGGCGUCCGCCCGCUCCCGCGCCAACUCGAGUCCGUGUCGAAGGAAAUCUCCCUCGUCACGAGCGAGCUGAAGAAACUGCAGGAGUUCCUGCGGAGGGAGAAGCCGGUGUGGACGAAGAUCUGGGAGCGCGAGUUGCAGGUCAUCUGCGAGGAGAGGGAUUUGUUGACGAUGCAGGAGGAGUUGGCGCGGGAUCUGGAGGAUGAUUUGGAUAAAGGGGUCGGCAUUUUUGAGCUGGUCGAGCGGGCGUCGCGGCAGCAGAAUUUGCAGGGACAAGCGCAGGGACAGGGACAGCAAGCGCCUACCACGAAUGGUGUGCCCCCCGCUUCCUCCGGCUCGAGGUCGGCUUCACGCACCUUGCCGACCACGCCGGGCGGCGGCGGCACGACGGGCGCGGCGGAUCCGGGACAAGCGCGCGAGGGCGUGCUGGGGGAAGUCCGUGCGCUGCAGCCGAACCACGAGAGUCGGCUUGAGGCGAUUGAGCGGGCGGAGCGGGCGAGGCGGAGGGAGUUGGAGAGUCGCAAGCAGGGGGAGCGGGAGUUUGCGCGGGAGUUGGGGGUUUUUGUUGAGGAGGGGCGGUUGAAGAAGAGUGGGGGCGUGGAGGAGGUGGAGAGGGUGCGGAGGGGGAGGGAGGAGAGGGCGCGGAGGGAGAUGUUUGAGCGGGAGGUUGCUAAGGAGAGGGAGAGGGAGGGGAGGGAG